AUGUAUAAGCCUCAGUUUAUGUCUAUCGCUCCGGGCACAAGCCUGACGGGUAAGACUGUCCUGAUCACUGGAGGUAACUCAGGACUUGGGCUCGAGUUUGCACGCCAAGUAUUGGGCUUGAAUGCAUCCCGCAUCAUCAUCACAGUUCGUUCUCAAGCCAAGGGCGACACGGCAAUUGCAACUCUGCGAGCAGACCCCGCAGUCCGAGCCACCAAUCCGGAUGCCAAGCUAGAGUACUUUGAUCUGAACCUCGAUGACUACGAGUCCGGACUGGAGUUCGUGCGGAAGGUCUAUGCAGAGGUCUCGGUGCUCGAUAUCCUCCUAUGCAAUGCGGGCACCAACUUUUUCAACUACGAAACGAGUAAGAGUGGUCAUGAGCGCUUGAUGCAAGUCAAUUGCUACACGCAUUUCCUCGUCGUCCUCAGCCUGCUCCCUCUGCUGCGACGAACGGCAGCCAAGCGUGGAUCGCCAACACGAGUAACAUUCUUGAGCUCAUAUAGCCACGCCCAUCACACGCUGGAGUCCAACCCCAUUGCUACAGAGGAAUCUGUCAUUGCCCAUUUUGACAACAUCAAGAAAUACGUCUCUGGGAAACGGUAUCAGGACGGCAAGCUCGUCAUCAAUUCUUUUGUCCAGCGCCUCGCAAGCAUUGUGCCUUCCAGGGAGUUUAUCAUCAACUGUGUUUGUCCGGGUAUUGUCGCGACAAAUAUUAACCAGAAUUUGCCUCUUUGGAUCAAGCCACUUAUGUGGGGCUUCUUCAUGAUCAAGGCGAGGCCGGUGACCGAAGGAGGACGGGUCUUGGUUCGUGCCGCCGUGGUGGUGGGCGAGGAAAGCCAUGGGAGGUACCUCCAGACGGGCGAGAUACAUAAGUGAGUAGAAACGGAACUACCUGGACUUUUCAGGUCCGAUUAGAUGCAGGCAAAUAAAUAUGUGCUGACUGGCGAUAGUGGUGCAUCCCUCCUGUGUCAGCCAGCAGGCAAGCAGUUCAUCGAGAAGCUAUGGGCUGAGAUUGUGGCGGACAUUGGCAAGAUCAAUCCGGAAGUCAGGGUCUUUGAUUAAUCAAGCGAGAACAAGGGAACAGGAAACAAGGUGCUGGCCAGAGCAGUGUAUUCCAAUUAGCUCAGGGCCGUUUCUUUAUGUGCUCGGCUGACAGCAGCUUUGUAUUCUAAGACAAACGGCAACAUUUCCCAUUCAUCUCUUUUGACAAUACCUUAGACCAACGGCAGAUUCAUCAGAAGACAAGCAUGCACAAUAAGCUAGCUUCCUAGUGUCAAAUAGACACCUCGACCAGGUGGAUACAGUACAUCACUGGUGGCUGAACUAUCGUGUCCGG